CCCCGUGCAGAGAGAUGAGAGGGAAGGCGUGUCGGGGAUAAACAGAAGGAGAGGGUGUGUUUGAGGAGGCAGAUAAAUAGCGAGCGUCCACGUUGGAGCAGCCUCAUUCAACAGUCAUGGAGCUCAGAGGAGUGUGUGUGCUGCUGGGACUUCUGCUGCUCAUUAACUGCUCAUUUCAGCAGAAUCCAGUGAGGAGGAAACCAGUGAAGAAAGAAGCAGCAAAGGAUACAGCCCUAGAGGAGCUACAGAAACAGGUUAAUGACAUCAUCCAAGAGCUCAACCUACUGAAGGAACAGCAGGCUCUGCAAACAGUUUGUUUAAAAGGCAUAAAGAUCCACAGCAAGUGUUUCUUGGCUGAACCUCUCAAGAAACGUUAUCAUACAGCCAGUGAAGACUGCAACUCGCUAGGCGGAGUCCUCGGUACGCCCGCAUCCAGUGAUGAGAACGACCAGCUCAGAGACUACAUCCGCCAGAGCAUCGGCCCGGACGCGCAGGUCUGGUUGGGCAUCAAUGACCUGAUGACAGAGGGCACCUGGGUGGACCAGACCGGCUCCAGCAUCACAUACAAGAACUGGGACACGUCCAACUACCGGUCCCCCGAGCCGGACGGCGCCAUGUCCCAGAACUGUGGCGUCCUUUCUGUGGCCUCCAAAGGGAAGUGGUUUGAUGAAAACUGUCGUGAUGAGAAGCCGUCGGUCUGCCAGUUCAACAUCGUUUGAUCGGCCUCGUCGUAGCCUCUGUGCUUGGUUAUAGCUGCUUUGUGUGUGUACUCUCGCUGCAACGCCUGCUAUUCUGGGAGGAGUUUAAGCCAGUGGUUCACAACUGGUUUUGCAUCGAGUCCAGAGUCUGAUCUAGAAGUUUCAAUCAGUUGCAUAAGAAUUGUUUAUUUUCGACAAAAAUGAUCUACUGGUGUAUCAUUUGCAGCAUUCCUUGUGGUCGCAAUAAAACCAUGAAGAGCAUGGUGUGGUCUAGAAUGAGCGAGAUGGUGGGAUGAUCCAAAGAAAUCACAGACUUCAGAUAUUUUAUAGUUUUUUGUUUUCUUUUGUACAUCUUUUCUUUCAAUCAAAUCAUCUAAAACCCUUUAUUUUGGAUGUCCAUCCAUCAAAACACCAGUAUUUCCAUAAUAAAGGCUGUGUGUAGGUGCUGGCACCAUUCACUAAUGUUUGUAACUUUCCAUUAUUUCAACACAUCCAGACCUCCAUUACAGCAGUUCCACUGGUUGAGAACCACUGGUUUAAACUUCACAGCUACUGUAUUUUAACACAAUUCACAAGAAGCCAGAAUCAUGACUGAUAUUGCGCUUUUUUUUUUUAAAUAUCCCAAUCAGUUAUGCCAGUUUGCUCGUCUUGUAAUGUCUAGCCUGAUGUAGCCUGUAAAAUUACCAUCAAUAAAGUAUGAAUACCCUC